GUUAAAAAAAACCCGGAUAUGCUUUGUUUUUGUUUUCCAGCCAGCUGUCAGGUGUACCUUUAGGCUGCAGAUGUAGUUUAAAUCUGUUAUUUAAACAGGCAGAGAUCGACAAACAACCACCGUUGGACCAGAGCUUUUUCGUUUUGAUCUUCAUUAUGGUGGAGCCCACAGCAUCCGGCGUGUUCUGUAGCAGGAUGCUGAGCAUGGUCAACUCUGAGGAUGUCAACGCCAUCAUCCAGGCUCAGAGACACAUGCUUGACCGCUUUGAGAAAACCAACGAGAUGCUGAUCAACUUCAAUGGGCUGUCUAACGUGCGCCUGCAGCAGAUGAACGAGCGCUUCCUGCUCCACACCCGCACCCUUGUGGAGAUGAAGAAAGAUCUAGACAGCAUCUUCAGAAGGAUCAGGACGCUAAAAGGGAAGAUUGCUAAGCAGUACCCAGAAGCUUUCAGCAAUAUCCAUGAAACGCAGAUCCUGGAAGACGAUGAUGAGUUUGACCCAGUUCCUCGCAGUUUUGCCGGGGCAGUUACAAAAGCCACCUCAGAGCAGAGCACAGAGUCAUGUGACACAAGUCCAGAUGUGAUCUCACCCACUGUGAGCAGAUGCUCAGAAGAUCUCAAUCAAGAGCCGCCCGACACGCCCACCUCCGAUGUCCUAGAGACCGGCGUCCUACGGGACGAAGGUCCUGACUCUGUACCUGUAGAAUAGAGCGGACAGUUUGUGAACGGAUUUCAGUCACUUGAAACUGAGCUUCGUCCUUAAAACUAUUUUAGAGGGAGAUCAUGUUGUAUAUCUGAGUCUGUGUUGGCCUCUACAAUAUUUCCUGACUUUUCCAGUCAUUAAUCUAUCUGUUGGAAAGAGCAUCAAAGCCUUAAUGUUAGAGGUGGCUGUGAACUGUCUAUGAGUACCCUGGAUAUUUGUUGUCAUGCUUAUUUGUCCAACGCCUGCACAGCACUAAAACAAUGCAGAUAAUACUUGAAGUUGUAUAGUAUCUCACUGUAGAUAUAUCUGUCUUAUUGACAGUAAACCUGAGCAAAAGCCCUCACUCAUUAUGUGAUUAUGAGCAUAUUUCGUUUGUUUUUGGGUUUUAAGAGAUGCACACCUGACUGAGAGAAGAAGUCUCUUAUCAUGUCUCUCGUGAUUUAUGAUACUUGAAAGACAAAGGUUAAUGUUCUCAACCUGAAUAGUAGUAGUUAGGUUUUAUGAUAGUUACUGCUGUUAUUCUGGCACUAUUAACAACAUUGUCAUAUUGCAGCAUUGUUACUCUUUGGAUCCCUGUUAAAACUAGGGGUAUGAAUGAUUUCAUCAGCAUUGAAUCUGAUACUUUACUGAACCCUGCCAAGCAGUUCUCUCCUUUUUUCCCCCCUCCAUCGCAGGGAGACCGGAUUUUAGCUUAAUUGUCAGUUAUCUGUGUCUCUGGCGCUGUCAGGGAUUCAGCAAACAAGGACACAUUAGAUUUGCUGUAAAAGCUGGAGACCAGGAUGUGUGAGUGAACUCUGCUACGUUGCUACCUAUUAAAGAGGAAGUUUUGGUUUAAAGGGGAAAAUCCAGCUUAAAAUGGACUUCAUCUGUUAUUUCUGUCAUAUUUUUACAUCUCAAUUUUAAUUUGUGGAUUAAAAAAAAAAAAAAAAAGUCCUUGAAAAGCACAGACAGAGUAUAGUGAUGAAAUGUUGAAGCCGCUCCAUAAAAAGAGAGAAAUAAAGCAACUCCUAGCACAUUGUGUGUUGCUACAUGUUACAUGGUUAUGGACAUGGGUAAAAGUCACAGCUGUCAAUCCUACAUUCACAUAAAACCAGUUUGGAUAUAAUAUUGCAGUCAAAUAUUGUAUGAGCCCUGAUAGGCAGACAUUAAUUCAGUUUUAAUGGAUAAACUACCGAAAUGUCACCUGUUAAUAUCACCAAUUAAUAUCUUCACACUCUGAUUCCAUAGGGAGACAGCUGUGUUUGUGUUUGUAUUGACUAUAUUGUCCAAAAUCAAUCGAAUAAUAUAGAUUUAUUUAUACAGAAUUUUCCCUUUAAGUUAAAAUUAAUGUGAGAAUUGUGAUUGUUAGUUGAUAAAUGUUUUUGGCUCAAGUGUAUGAACAGUAUCUUUGUCCUUUAAUUUUAUUAAAAAAGAAGUGUGACUGACAGCCAUGCUAU